UUACAACUUACAUGGCUCUCGCUGUCUCUCUCUUCAAAAGAAAUCCAUGGCAAAUCAAUUAUGAUUGGUAAACUGUAGUAUCUUUGUAGCCAUCAUCCGUGAAGGCGAUAAACAAAACCACUGUUAUUUUUGACAAAUACAAUCGCCAACACAUCAGCUGUUUCCCACUGUUCCACAUUCCGGCGCACACGGGGAAAAUGAAGGCGAAAAACCGUGACCAAAGCUUGUCGGACUCCAGAGAGCUGGACGGAUCCUAUGAUCAGCUAACGGGUAAUCCUUCCACCAGCCAAAGCAAAAAAACCAUAAAGCAGCGAUUCCUCAAGCUGCUGCCAUGCUGCAAGCCCGAGGCUGCCCCUUCUAUCAGUCAAAGCAACGUGGAAGAUGAUUUUGAGUUAUCCACUGUGUGUCAUCGCCCUGAAAGCAUGGACAAGCUUCAGGAGCAGACUAAGUUCACCAAAAAAGAGCUGCAAGUCCUCUACAGGGGCUUCAAAAAUGAGUGUCCAUGUGGUGUGGUGAAUGAGGAGAACUUUAAGACAAUUUAUUCCCAGUUCUUUCCACAGGGAGAUUCAAGUAUGUAUGCACAUUUCCUGUUUGAAGCUUUCGACACUAACAAGAACGGCUCUAUUAGUUUCGAGGACUUUGUAUUUGGCCUGUCUAUUAUCCUGAGAGGGACCAUAAAUGACCGGUUAAACUGGGCGUUUAACCUCUAUGACCUUAACAAAGAUGGCUGCAUCACCAAAGAGGAGAUGUUGGACAUCAUGAGGUCCAUCUAUGACAUGAUGGGGAAGUACACAUACCCCUCCAUGCAGGACGAUAUUCCACGAGAACAUGUGGAGAGCUUCUUCCAGAAAAUGGACCGGAAUAAAGACGGCGUGGUCACCAUAGAAGAGUUCAUAGAGUCAUGCAAAAAGGAUGAGAGCAUAAUGCAGUCCAUGCAGCUGUUUGACAACGUCAUCUAGGAACCUGGAUCAGAGUCCCUGGCACCAGGGAGGGGAGUAUGUGUGUGUAUGAGAGGAUUUGGGAUUAAAAAGAGACAAAGAGAAUUUGUGAAUGUGUGAGUAUGUGUGGCCAUUUUCUGACUUGCAAGCUUGUGCUUGUGUGUCUGUUGAGAGCUGUGAGUCCUGAGGACACCGAGAGACUGUCUCCCUCUACCCUGACCCCGGGACAUUUGUCCCAGCAACAAUGGAGUUUUCCUGACUUCCUUCAUCAUGCAGAACCUUAGUUUUACCCCGGAGGCACAGAGUAAGAAGGACAGCAGCGGGAUCACAGGCACUGGCACACACCUGUUUUGUUUGAACUGUUAUGUAUUACUACUGAUGGAGGAUCUAUCGCAGCAUGUGCUGGCUGAACUCAGAGGGCGCAAGUUGCCUCCAAACCUUGAUCUAAGAUCACUAUUCCUAUUUCCCUGUGGUGGCUGAGAUUUGGAUUUGUGAAUCCGAUCCUGCCUCUGUGCAUGCAGGUAAAAUCUCCCUGGAGCCGCAAGACUCCACCGGCCAUGAAUAUAGAAAUGAAUCUGCCGCCAUCUUGUGGGCGAGAGAGAGAAAGACACUUCCUGAGGAAACAACUGACAAAUUUGAGAUCCAAGCAUUUUGGUUUUACAGAUGGAGGUUCAAUCGUGUUGUUUUCCACGAGGAACUGAUUACAAUAUCGCAUGAUGAUGUCACUAAUAUUCAAUUAUCUAUUUACAGAGAUACUCCAAAGUCUGCUUGUCUGUCUGCUGUUCUUAGUCAUUCACAGGUGCCUCACCCUUUGUGUACAUGUGUGUGCAUGUGUAACAGAAAGAGAUGUCACCCAUUUUUCUCACGUAAAGGGGCAACACCAACCUCCAUUCAUGGGAUUCUAGUAGAAUAGUUCCCAAGCCUUCCAAACUAUUACAGUCCUAGCUGUAGGUGUCUAUUGACUGUUGUACAUUUUCUAGCAUUCCCAUUGGUGUGAUAUUAGGCAGUACAAUGUGGGGGUUGCACUAUACUCAACAAGCUGUUUUCAUCAUCCCAGCCUCCUUUGACAAAGGAAAGGCAUACCACAGUCGUACAAGUCUUUCUAUACAUCAAAGGGGAAUUAUUAGAUUGCAGAUUGUACUUGUGAACCUCUUGUAAUCAGAAAUGUUGUGUGGCUGUAGCAGGUUCUACCACUUAAAAAAUAUUCAAAACCCCUCUUGCAUUAAAUUAGGCUCAUUCAAUUUGAAAGAGGCAUAGUAUGUGUGUGCGUGCUGUUAGUGAGAGACGUGAUUUAAAAACAUAGUUCCCCUACCCGUCAUUCUCUAUUCUCCCUCUCUCCGUUACACCAAAGAGACCAAAUAUAAAUUACAGACGUUUAUAAAGCCACUUUAAAUAAAGACAAAAGGCCCACCAGUGGGUGAAGAGAGAGGGUGAUGCUGUAUUGUCAAUAUGACAAGGGGCAAGCAGAGAUAAAGACAUGUAAUUAGGUAAAAUGUCCAUGUGGUUUUCCUACACAUUACCCAAAAUCAAGUGUGGUUGAGUUGUUAACCGACACUUUAUCAGAAAGGCAUGUGAAUAAUUUGCAACCACCAGAAAUACUGUCUAUCUAUCAGGGUGUAAGAAAGAGGCCCUCAAACGUUGAAUUAAUUGGUUAUUUCCUUAAAAUGCAGAGAGACUGACAUGGAGUAGCAAUAAUGUCCACCCCUUAUCAGCACUUUUCCAAGUAUUCAACCUCGCAAUCUUCUCUGAGCACAGUGACAGGGAGCACUAUGGCCCUGAUGACAAUAUGCACUUCCUGCCCUGCAAUUUUCUUUUUUUCUGUUCUUCAUUUUUUUCCCGUCUGGGGUUAAAGUGGUUUGACUCUGAUUGUUCCUUGCCAAUCGUUUUUAGAUUUUAUUCCAGACCACAAGUAAAACCAGUCUAUACCCGCAUGUACUGUGUCUAGAACAAUGAGAACCUACUAACCCGUUGUACUGACUGUCUAGUUAGCUAGCCUCAACCGGUUGCAUAAAGUAUCCAAAAUGUGUAUAUUUUGUACAGAGACAAUAAAAAUCACAGUUACUAUGCAAAAUAGAGUUGAGUUUGAAUUGUAUUAAAAUAGGACAGUGCAUUUAUCUUUAUAUUUUUUUGACAUAUGGUACAAAGCAACAAAUCAAAAUCUACAUAGGUUAUACCUCAUAAUUCAGCAUCACAAUGUCAGGAAGAAACAGUUCAUAACUUAAAUAUACACAUUUAUACAUAUAAUCCCAACAGCCACAUCUGAUUGAACUAAUAGGCAAUUUAUGACCAGACACAAGGCAACAGGUGAGCAACUACUUAGUUACCAUAUUCAGUCAAAAAGCAUUCUGUUAAAACUGUGAACAUGAACAAAAAAACCUGCAAAACAAAUACAUAUCCUUCAUGGAAAUGUUGUUGUCAUUAAAGCUGACAAGAAACU